AUGCCUGAUGAUGGUGCUGAAACUCCCGGCGGCAGCAAGGCCAAUAAUGCCGAAGAUCAAAGUCAGCCCAACAACCAUCAACAGCAAGGCAUCACCAACCCCAUAAGCACUCCUAACAGAAACACUCCAAACUCAAGCAUUCCUAACCCAAACACUCCAAAGUCAAACAAUUCAAACCAGAACAUCCCAAACACACCCGACAGCGGCAUAAGAUCGUUCACUGGCACCUUCAACGUACAUACUCCACUAAUCAUAAACGGCGGAAAUGUCUGCUUCAGCAUCCGUCAUCACCCAAACAGUCCACCAUUCCCCAGCAGCGGAGGCAACUAUGCAGGCGCCAUCGACCCAAUCAGUCUGGGUCCCAACUUCGCCGACGGUAGAUGUGCCUAUGCAACCGUCCUCAACCCGAACAUUCCGAAUCCCUACUACACUGACGGUAGAGGUGCCUAUGCAACCGUCCUCAACCCGAAUAGUCCGAAUCCCUACUACACUGACGGUAGAGGUGCCUAUGCAAGCUUAUUCAACCCGAACAGUCCGAGUCCAUUCUGCAACAACGGUAGAGGGGCAAGUAGUUCAAAUCCACAUGGAAGCACCCGCACCCCAAAUAGUCCGAGUCCCUACUACACCGACAGUAGAGGUGCCUAUGCAAGCGUCUUCAACCCGAACAGUCCGAGUCCAUUCUGCAACAACGGUAGAGGGGCAAAUAGUUCAAGUCCAUCCUACCUCAACGGCGGAAGGACUUAUGCAAGUACCUCCAAUCCAGAUAGUCCAAGUCCAACGUCUAGCAACGGCAGAAGGACUUAUGCAAGCGCCCUGAACCCAACCCGUCCAAGCCCAUCACAUAUCAACGGUAGAAGGACCUAUGCAAGCAUUCUCGAUCCAAACAGCUCAAGCCCAUCACGCAUCAAUGGCGGAGGUACCCAUGCAAGCAAUCACGCCUCAUCGGAUUUGUCAGACCGGGUAAUUCCAGAAAUUGGAUCUAUGGCCCACUUCCCUUCGUUACCGCAACCACAGCCACCACAGCCACCGCAACCACAGUCACCUCUACCUCAACCACCUCAACCACCGCGUCGCUUCCGAUCCCCAAGACCAUCCUUCACACCGCCACGACUCUCUCCGAGGGGUGAGGUGCUCCUCGCCCCUAGAGUCCCGUCAUCAUGGCAGGUGAGAACCGAAGUAGCGCGUCGAAGAGAAGGUUCCAGCCGUUCUGAGCGGAGUAGCAGAAGCAAUACUAUGGCAAACGUCAUGCAGGGGAUGUUUGAUACGGCGAGGCUGCAGAGGGGGGAGACGAGGGUCAGGGGUUUGAGGAGGUUUUUUAAAGAAGGGAGUGAUGAAGAUGAGGACAGCAGUGAAGACGAGGAAGGCAGUUAA